CUGGCUUCAGAUCAUUAUACAGUCCCUUAUUCUCCUCAUCUUUACACAGUUUGGGCUGAACAGAAAUCCCUGAAAACAAAGAGUCGAACUCCUGAGGCGCGAUAUGGACAUGAAGAAGAGGAUUCACCUGGAGCUGAGGAACAGGACCCCAUCUGAUGUCCGAGAACUGGUGCUUGAUAACUGCAGAUCAAAUGAAGGGAAGAUCGAAGGCCUCACAGCAGAGUUUGUUAAUCUUGAGUUUCUAAGUUUGAUAAACGUGGGUCUCCUCUCGGUCUCGAAUCUCCCCAAGCUUGGAAAACUGAAGAAGUUGGAGCUCAGUGACAACAGAAUCUCUGGAAAUCUUGAUGUUUUAGCUGAGAAACUCCCGAAUCUCACACAUCUAAACCUGAGCGGCAACAAACUGAAAGACCUCAGCACGCUGGAGCCCUUGAAGAAACUCGACCAUUUGAAGAGCCUCGACCUUUUCAACUGUGAAGUCACAAACUUGAACGAUUACCGGGAAAGUGUCUUCCGGCUCCUGCCGCAGCUCACGUAUCUGGACGGCUACGACACGGACGACCGCGAGGCCUCGGACUCCGACGGAGACGCAGACGGAGUCGAUGAUGACGAGGAUGAAGAUGGAGAAGAGGAUGGAGAGGAGGAGGAGCUUGAUGAAGAGGAAGAUGAUGAUGAAGAUGAGGUUGAAGUCGAGGAUGAUGAUGAUGAAGGCAGUGGAGAGGAUGAGGUAUGAGCUGAUUUCGUGUGUACUGCUCUCAACAGAAACUGGUUUAAUAACAUCCGCUCUUCUAUUCCAGGAUGAAGAUGAUGAUGAUGACGAUGAUGAUGAUGAUGAAGAAGAGCAGGGAGAAAAGGCUGCGAAGAGGAAACGAGAGCCGGAUGAUGAAGAUGACGAUGAGGAUGAUUAAGAGCCGAUCUUUCCGUCCUCUGGUCUGUCCCGUGACCCCUGACCCUAGCGUUCAGCUCUGUUCUGGAUCUUCCUCGCGCUCGUGUGGCAGGACCUGUGGGGACUUUGGGGACUGGGGUUUAGUUUUGGGUCUGUGCUUUUAAUAUUCUGUUGAAAGUGUUUUUUUCUGUUGUUUUUUUUUUGGUUGACAUCCUCCCUCUUUAGUUUAUGUUCCAAGUGUCCCGGGAAGAUUGCUCUGGGGUGUGUGUGCAUCACUUCAGCGUGUGCCUGAGGCACCAAUCAACGUCCUAGAUACAUUUUUACUUUCUGUAAGACAAAAACUUUGUAAAUAAAAUAACAUUUUGUGCUUUGCUCA